UAUUUAAAAGCAGAAUCUUCCAUUCUCAUUCCAGUUAGUAGUACUUCAAUUCAAGAAAAUCUCGACCCUUUGUGUGUAAUUUCAACAACUGUCUUUCUUUUUUUUGCCGACUUUCAAUCCCAGUGAGUCUGAUUACAAGCUUUCCCAACUUGCAAAAAUUCCAAAAAGAACUUCAAAACAAAAAAUCAAUCUUUUGGACAUUUGAUGUUGAGUUUCCCAAAAGGGUAAAAAUGGCAACUUUUAGUGGUUUAGAAAUUGGUUUGAGUUUUGUAUGCGGGUGUGUUCUCUUAGGCUGUGCUGCAGAGCUCUACUAUAUUCUAUGGUGGAAGAAAAGAAGAAUUGAUAUUGAGAACCAAAAUCUAAAGCUAUCUUUUUCUUCUUGUUCUUCCAAUUAUACCCCUACUCACCUCUCCUCCUACAUUUCCUGUUGGAAAAACCUUAAUUCUUCAGAACCCACAAAAACCCAAGAAAAACAACAAGAUCCAGAGAUGGGUUUGGUGGAAGAUCUGGUUUUAAUGGGUUCUGAAGAAGAAAGUUUCGAUCUUGAACUCAUGAGGCUGCAUAAUCUCCAUGGACCUCCAAGGUUUUUAACCACCAUUAAUGAAGAAACCAAAGAGGAUUUGGAAUCAGAGAGGAGUAGAAAAGGGUCAAGAACCAGAAGUUUGAGUGAUCUUCUUGUUCAUUUCGAUACCCCACAAGCUUCACCGCCAUUGAAGGCGUCACAGUUGCUAAAUCCGGAAAGUUUUCAAUUUCAUCACCAUGGAUUUAAUCCGCUUUAUGAUAUUGAUAUUAACAAGGUCGGAUCUUCACCACCUCCCACGUUCAAGUUCUUGAGAGAUGCAGAGGAGAAGCUUUUGAGAAGAUUGAUGGAAUUAGAGUCUGAAAAAGAGGCGAAUUCUUCUGCGAAAAUGGUGGAGAAAGAUGGCUCUGUAAAAUUGGUCGAAAGUAAGGGAAAGAUUCAACAAAGUCAUCAAAUUUCAGCUGCUUCAAAGGUGAUUCCAUUGUCGUCUUCGCCAUCAAACAAUGAGUGAAAUUGACAUGAAACAGUGAGCAUGCAGCUACAGGUUCUUGAAGUGGGUGAUGCUUUCUUUUUUCUUGAUUUUUUUUUUUUAAUUUAUUUGUUCUUAGUAAGUUAGUGUUUUCGUGUAUGUAUAAGUACAAGUUAGAGAAUCUGUGUUUAUUAAGUUAGAUCUUAGAUGCUUUCAAAGUGAUUACUUCAAGUCUUCAAUAAUCAGAUUACGGAUCAUAUAAAUUUUACAUAUGCUUUAAAAUAAAUUAAUGAGCUAUUUAAAAUAAUCAUUUUUUGA